AUGAAUGCCAAGCUAGGUACCGGUAGUAGCAAUCUGGUAAAAAACUUGAAAAAUUCGGAAAUUCGAAGAAGUUCGGCUGCUGGAUUUAGUGCAGCCUCCCAACGACCUCCAUUGCCGCCGAAGAUUGAAACUCGUUGCCACAGCUAUGAAGGGCUGUUGGGUGAUGACAAAAAACGAGUCACUGAAGGACAAGAUCGAGUGGAUAGCAAAGUUCCUAUAUCCAAAUCUGCCGAAAACACUCCUGAAACGACCAAAUCAACUGAAGAGUCUGUCAAAACGAAGAACCGAAGAUCACGCAGCAUGGACGAUCUAUUCGACGAUGAUCGUGAUCUGGCGAAAUUUCUCGAGAACACUCAAAGCAUGGAAAAUCUACAGCCAGAGUCUACGCCGGUGACAGAACCGAUAGAACAACCAGAGUCGCCAGUAAAAUUGAUGAACAACAUCUGCCUUAAUCGACGAUUCCAAGAGCCAUCGAUAGAGGUUGAUCACAUCGUUUCAGCUCGAACAGCAGAAACGGCAUCACCUGAGUCGUGCUACGAACAGCCUUGUGAAAAUGAAACCAUCAUUAUCGACAGUACCAUGCGAACUGGCGACAGCAAGCCCGAGCCCAAAUCUCCUUCCGAUGAAGAUGUUUUAUCCACAACUUCUUCGGUGCAUUCGUUCACUUCGUCUAGCGAUGCCACCAGCGGAAGCAAGAAAUCCAAUACGCCCUUUAUCAAUAAGUACGUGAAAAAGGUAAAAUCUCUAAUGAAAAAAUGAUACCUUUUAUUUGGGCAUGCCUCUCGAAUAUAACGGAAAAUCAUCUUAAUGGUAAUUAUGUGCCCUAAAGUUGAUGUGUUCGAAACGAAACAUCUAUAUUGAACGUAAAAGAAACAAUUGUGAUCUUAUAGAACUAUUCUUCGAUAAUAUUUAUGCACCACAACAACGAAUAUAAAUGUAUAUUCUUUAUCAUAGUUUUUAGUCGUACCUGUACAAAAUCAGUAAAAAUGUAACUACAAUUUUAGCACAGCUUAAACAGCAACUGACACUUUGGUUCAUUGUAUUAUUCAUAAACAUAAUGAAAAAAGCAAAAAUAUAUGUGAUUUAUUCGCGCGCGUGCGAAAAUUAAUUAAGGGUAAAAUAUCAUCACUUUGAUUAAGUUUGCAGAAUAAGAUUGCCGAUUAUAUUUCUGUCGCAAGAAAAGCGAAAGUGGUUUUCUUUAUUGUUCAUAAUACACAACAGUUGCUCGGCUAGAAGUCACUUUUAACGCGGUUAUAGCUUUUUUGUAUAAGGAGCAAAAAGAGGGACUUUUUUAUGCAAUUAACUACUUGAAGACAAUGUCUUUCUAAAAAUCAUAAAAGCACCCUAGUAUUUGUAAUCUUACAUUAUUACGUUGUAGUUGAGAAGCAAAAGAAGAAUUGUCCAAUUUCCAAUAAUUAUAACAAUAAAUGUCAUUUGUUAUAACAUGCGCACAGUUAAAGAUAGUUUGCUAGGCACUCGUUGCGCACUUUUCGAUGUAAAUUUCCUUUGUAAAAUAAUAUAAACGAGCAGUGAAAUGCAUGAUUAAUUAUAACUGCUAAACUUUUCAGGUCAAUAAUAUAAGUUCUGUAAAUGUGACUUUAAUGAACGGAAUAAAAUUUUUGAAGCUU